UGAGUUCUGUCAGUGGCCUCUCGGACACGAAAGCGUCGGGUGUUCGAAGGAUGGUUCGUUUCAUUUCUCUGUUGCUUUAACAUAAUUUCACGCGGACAUUAAAUUUUUGUGUUUCGUUGUAUUAUUCGAUAAGUGCGGCAUUCGACGUUGUAGUGUUUCUCGAGGCGAUCACAAGGUAAUGUGUUGAUCGAAUCGAAUCGAAAAAGCAUGGAGCGAGGGUGGAACCGUUGAAUCGAGGGGAUCCAGGAUCGUCCGAAGCGAGUGGAAAACUCGGGAUAUGACGAGGCCGGUGGCCGAUGCUCCUUAGGUUCGUUGAUCUUCCGACGAAAUCAUGGUGUCGGGAUGCGGCGGACUGGCGCACUUCAAGAAGAGAUUAAAGGCUCGCGAGCUGGAGCUUCGAAAUACAAAUCGCGUAUUCGGUGGAUAAGAUGAGCAAGAGCGUCGAGCUACUCGCUGGGGCGGAGGACAGUGAACAGAUACGAGCGGAUAACAGUUUCGUGGAGGAGAGGUCUCGACUGAACUUGAACGGGAGCCGUCAGCUCUCGAAAAGCGCCACGGAGCUCCGGAACAACGAGAGCGGUUCGCCGUCACGACGCGGUGAACAAGCGGACUCGGGUGUCGUCCAUCAUCAUCGCCAUCAUCGACACGCCACCUCGGUGGCGCAGCGCACGCACAUCUUCUUCGCGACCUUGAAAAGUCGGUGGGGCCGCAACAGGAGCAAGGAGCGGAAAAAGUCGAAGGAUGGAGGGAGCGGGUUGCCGAUCGAGUCCGACUACGCCGCCGAUUACUCGUCCGAGCACAGCAAAAGCUCGUCGGCCACCCAGAGUCCAGCCAGGCACUGUCUCAAUCAUCCAGAAUCACCGUUGGUAUGCGGAGGAAGGCAGAAUGUCGUGACAAAAGCGGAAGACAGUCCUGGAAAAUACAGCGAGGCACACUCGAAAGGAUCCUUGAGUUUCCAGCCGUCGAAAGAUUCGAACGAGGAAGCUCGAGGAUCGAUCAGCCAGGAAGAUAGCGCAUUUCUCCAGGAGGAACUCGCGCGUAGAAGGGAACUGGCGUUGAGGCAGCAUGCCUUCUUUCAGCUUCGUUUGCACAUCAGAAGAGGGAUGAACCUCGUUGCUAUGGAUAGAUGCGGCGCCAGUGAUCCUUACGUGAAAGUGAAAAGCGGAGGUCGAUUGUUGCACAAGUCGCGAACCGUUCAUCGCGACCUAAAUCCAGUUUGGGACGAAAGUGUGACCCUGCCUAUAGAGGAUCCUUUCCAGCCUCUUACGUUCAAGGUCUUCGACUAUGACUGGGGUCUGCAGGACGACUUCAUGGGCGCGGCUCAAUUCGACCUCGCGCAACUCGAUCUGGGCCAGCCGCAAGAUAUCGUGUUGGAGUUGAAGGAUCACAACAGGCCGAAACAACAUCUCGGCGAAAUUUACGUGACCGCCACGCUUUGGCCGAAAAAUCAACAGGAGAAAGAACAGUAUUUCCAAAGGACCAAUCGAUUGGCAGAUGUAAAUAGACGAUUAAAGUCGCAAAUAUGGAGCUCAGUGGUGACGAUUGUUCUCGUGGAGGCGAAGAAUUUGCUACCCAUGGAUAUAGAGGGCCUCUCGGAUCCCUACGUCAAAUUUCGUCUUGGGACAGAAAAGUACAAGUCAAAAGUGGUGCACAAGACCUUGAAUCCCGUUUGGUUGGAGCAAUUCGAUCUUCACCUAUACGAAGAUCCCUAUUUAGGGCAGGAGUUGGAGGUGACGGUGUGGGAUCGCGAUAAAAGCCAUCAGGAUGACCUAAUGGGAAAGACGGUGAUAGAUUUGGCAACGCUCGAACGCGAGACGACCCAUAGGCUGUGGCGCGAUCUCGAGGACGGUUCUGGAAACAUUUUUUUGCUGUUGACCAUCAGCGGAACCACCGCCAGUGAAACGAUCAGCGAUCUAGCCGCCCACGAGGAGACUCCUCGCGAACGGGAACAAUUGUACCAAAGAUAUUCGAUCAGAAACACGUUGCAGAGGUUGCGAGAUGUUGGCCAUUUAACCGUGAAGGUAUUCAGAGCGCAAGGUCUCGCGGCGGCCGAUUUGGGCGGGAAGAGCGAUCCUUUCUGCGUGUUGGAAUUGGUAAACGCCAGAUUGCAGACACAGACGGAAUACAAAACGCUGGCUCCAAACUGGCAAAAAAUAUUUACAUUCAACGUGAAAGAUAUUAAUUCGGUGCUGGAGGUGACGGUGUACGACGAGGACAGGGACCACAAGGUGGAGUUUCUCGGGAAAGUUGCCAUACCUCUUCUGAAGAUAAGGAACGGUGAGAAACGAUGGUACGCGUUGAAGGACAAGAAAUUGAGAGGUCGGGCAAAAGGGAAUUCCCCCCAAAUUCUGUUGGAAAUGACCGUGGUGUGGAACGUUGUGAGAGCCUGUGUGCGAACGUUGAAUCCCAAAGAGAAGAAAUACAUGGAGCCGGAGAUAAAGUUCAAGAGGCAGGUGUUCCUGCGUAACGUUCUCAGGUUGAAGGCAAUCAUCGUUAUCGUUAUUGAUAUUGGAAAAUACGUGCAGAGCUGCUGGGAAUGGGAAAGUAAAAUGAGAAGCAUCUUUGCACUGGUUAUCUUUGUUUUGGGCUGUUACUAUUUUGAGCCUUACAUGUUCCCUGGAGUAGCACUCCUUAUCUUGUUAAAAUACUAUCUGCUUUACGGGGAUGGAAAUGGAUUGAAACAAUGGGUUUCCGGACAGGUCGCGAUGAUAACUGGUACGCCCUUGACCCAUCAUCACACCACCCAUUCCCACUUUCACGACGAGAUCGACGAAGGUCCAGCUACUCCUGGGGACGACGACGACGACGACGACGACAAGGAUAAAGAAGAGAAGAAAAGUCUGAAGGAGCGGCUGCAAGCGAUCCAAGAGGUGACCCAGACCGUGCAAAACUCGAUCGGUUACAUAGCGAGCCUCUGCGAAAGGGUGAAGAAUCUUUUCAACUUCACUGUCCCUUACCUCAGUUACCUGGCCGUGAUCUUGGCCAUCCUGGCCGCCGUUGUCCUCUACUUCAUCCCCCUUCGAUACCUCAUCCUGACAUGGGGCGUGAACAAAUUCUCGAGGAAGAUCAUCAGGCCCCACUCGGUCCCGAACAACGAGCUCCUCGACCUCGUAUCCAGAGUGCCCGACGACGAGGAGCUUCUCAAUUACAGGGAGUUGAAACCGUUGCCGACCGCCGAUUGCGAGAAGGGGUCUGGAAGCCCGGGCGUCUCGAAUCCAACGCGGAGGGAGCAGAGGAAGAGGCACAAGGCCGCGUAGCAGCAUGCCCCGCGGCCGGAAGUCGCGGGUCUACGAUCACCGAGCAUCCUGAGGACGGUCCUGCUGCGGCGGAACAAGCGCCAGCGAAAGGGAUCAGCGGAGAAUCCGGAUGUGAUCGACAUAGACUGAGAAACGCCACCGUUUCCACCCACCGUAGUCGUUUUAGCUAGAAGGGGUUGGGGAGGGGAGCGAAAUUACGAAAUUUACGAAUAAAGUUACGAGAUCGAUCACGAGCAACGAUAAUCCAAAUUAAACAAAAACAAUCGUGGCAAAUUUGGAACAAAGAGGAGAAUUAUCAAUCGAUUGAAAAAAAAAAAAACUACGUGUUUAAUCAAAGUAACUUUAUUCGAAAUUUUCAACUUGGGUUGAAAUGCCCAAACACGAUCUUUAAAUCGGUCCCGGCGUGGUAUGCCCUCGAUCGUUUCGUUUCGUUUCGUUUUCGUUCUCGAUGAUUGGCAGAUUAGUAUUAGCUGGAGAGGAAGGGGAGAACGUUCCCGAUUCAGAAGGAUCAUUCUCGCGUUUUUAGGGCGUAGGAUAGAAUAUUGGUCGACAGAAGAUUCGUCGACAGACAGCUUUUUGGAAAGCAAGCACGUUGUACAAUCACAUUGGACGAAUUCUCAAGGAGCAUACCAACAAGGGGGGAAAAAAUUAUCAAUAGAUACAUUUCGGUUUUAUAAUUGGAACGAGUGCAUCGAUACAUUUGAUAAAAUAUAUAUAUAUAUACACACACAUGUAUAUUCUCGUCUAGAAAUAAUCUAGAUAGCGUUUUUUUUUUCUGGAAUGUGUAAGAUAUGCUUGUCGUCAGGGAAAAUAACUUUGAGGAAAGGUGUAUUUCUUCUUUUUUUUCAAUCAUCGUUUCUCAAACUGUUUGAAAAAGUGAUAAACCGAGUAUUCUGAAAGUAUACCUCCUCCCCCCCGGGGGGGGGAGGGAGGGGAAU